AUGAAACUCGUUUCUGCUUCGCAAGGUUUCAGCAUCCGUUCUGCAGGUGUAUCAACGCUACAGUGUUAUUACUCAGAUUUCAUUCCUGUAGUUCCUCGUUAUACUUCGCUUGAAAUGCCUUAUGGAAUUAUUUUAUUGCUUUUUUUGUACUGUAAUUCGGGCAUUUUCACUCACAUCACUUUAUUUGAUGGUCAACCAAAAUUGGAAUGCUUAUCUGAUGGAUUUCGAUUGAAUUUUUUUCCGCUUAACCCAUUUCAUGGACACAUUUAUGUAAAAGGUUUCUUCAUGCAUCGGUAUUGCCACUUUGAAUUUCUAAAAAAUCCUAUUCAAAGGCCUUUCUUCCUGCAUAUUCCAUAUGACAGCAAUUGUUCCAUAUAUAAACGAAUAUCCGUAAGCCAUUUUAGAACUCCACCUGGUAUAUCUUAUAGUGUCAUCGUUAUUGUUCAGCAUCAUCCUAUUUUUAUCACGAAACCCGACAAAGCGUAUUGUGUUACUUGCUUGCUUAUAGAAAAAGUCAGUUCUCUUCAGCAAAGUAUUAAAAUAAGCGAUAUAUCACUGAAUCAAGUUACAAAUACUCAAGAAGUAAAUAUGUGUCAUUACAACAUUCUUAACGGGACACUUAAUGGCGAACCGAUAACUCAUGCAAAUGUUGGCGAUCAGUUGAUCCACAAAUGGAGAUGCAAUUACGGUUCGAUUAGUCUUUCUCGAGUCUUUUAUAAUUUUUGCAGUGGGAAAUCUCUCAAAUUGGCAGAAAUUUGUGGUACUUUUCAUGAUUUUUGCUCAAUACUUCAACAAUAUGAUGAAAAUCAAAAUAUUUUAUUUAUGAAAAAUAUUUUAAGAUGUUCAACAGAUUUGUCAUUAAUUAAGCCACUGAAUUAUUCGAAAAAUCUAAAUUUUGCUUGGUCACCGAUUGCCGCUUUCAAAUUUUCUGAUCAAAUUGUUCAAUUUUUCACUUGUCAAAUUACUUUAUGCACACUUAAGGAAAAUGGUUGCGAAGGAAUUACGGUUAACUUUUUACAUUUUAUUCAAUAG